GUUUAUAUUUAUUUUCUUUAUCUCUAACAGUAUUUAAAUAACUUUCAAUAAAAUAGACUACAAAAAGUUCCAAAUUUAAAUGUUUUAGUUUUAAGGCUGAAGCUAUAUAAGAAAUUGCUUUCGUUAAUUAUAUUUAUGUUCCUUAACAUUAUUUUAUAUUAAAGAAUGGAUACUGAAGAAACGCCAUUAUUAGGUGGACCAUCAAGGAGAUCAUGCAAUCCUAGAAAAUUGCUUAAAAAAAGACUACCCAUAAUAGCAUGGUUGCCCACCUACACUAUUGGCACACUAUUACACGAUCUUUUGGCCGGUUUCACGGUAGGUUUGACGCAGAUACCGCAGGGCAUCGCUUACGCCAUCGUCGCAGGUUUGCCAACCCAAUAUGGACUCUACUGCGGCUUUAUGGGAAGUUUCGUGUAUCUUUUCUUAGGCAGUUGUAAAGAUCUUACGGUUGGACCUACGGCUAUCCUGGGGCUUAUGGUACAGCCCUUUGUCCAUUCUAUGGGACCAGCAGGAGCGAUUUUGAUCUGUUUCUUAUCUGGGUGUAUAAUUUUCUUAUUAGGGUUACUGCAUUUAGGAUUCGUUGUGGAAUUCUUCUCUUACCCAGUCAUAGCUGGUUUCACGACUGCUGCAGCCUUAAAUAUAGGCUCGUCUCAAAUAAACAGCCUUUUGGGUAUCACUGGAAGAUCCCAAGACUUUUUGAAUACUUGGAUACAUGUCUUCACACACAUAAAGGAGACGCGAAAGUGGGACGCCAUUCUAGGAUUUACCACUAUAGUAUUUCUAGUACUUACCAAGCAACUGAGGGAUUAUGGAACACUCAAAAUGCGGCCGGAAUGGUCCAGAAACAGGAACAUCUUUGGAAUAUUCCUCUUCAUGUUUUCACUGGCGAGAAAUGCCUUCGCCGUGAUCAUUGGCAGUGUAUUAGCCUAUUAUCUCAACGAAGACGACACUACUCCCUUCAGACUUACAGGUAAUGUCACAGGAGGAUUGCCGCCUUUCACUCCUCCUCCAUUCAGCACCACCUUCAACGGCACAGACUUCACAUUUGGCGACAUGGUUGCACAGUAUGGGACCACAGUCGUUUUCUGUCCGCUUGUCUCCAUUCUGGGACAUGUCGCUAUAGCAAAAGCGUUCUCUAAGGGUCGUACCUUGGACGCUACACAAGAACUCAUAGCUCUUGGCAUGUGCAAUAUUAUGGCUUCGUUUGUACAGUCGAUGCCAAUCACUGGUUCCUUUACUAGAACUGCAGUGAACAAUGCUUCAGGAGUGAAAACGCCCGCAGGAGGAAUCGUGACCGGAGCUAUCGUUCUUUUAGCACUAGGUUUCCUAACCACAACCUUCAGAUACAUACCAAGAGCGACCCUGGCUGCUGUCAUCGUCGUCGCCAUGUACUAUUUGUGCGAGUUUAAUGCUUUCCCCUUGCUGUGGAAAACGAAGAAAAUGGACCUUAUUCCCCUUACCGUCACUCUACUUUCCGCUCUCCUACUCAAUCUGGAAUAUGGAAUUCUAAUCGGUUUGGCUACCAACCUGAUCUUCCUUUUGUAUACUUCUGCUCGUCCGAAAGUAGACAUCGAAGAAGCUUCACUUGGUGUCUACAUGGUUAAAAUGAAGACAGGUAUUCAGUUCGCAGCUGCCGAGUACGUGAGGGAGGCUAUAUUGACGAAGUGCAAAGCGGAAAAGAGCACCAUCGUUGUUGACGGUAAAUAUGUAGGAAAUAUCGACGCCACAGUCGCAAAGAGCUUUAGCGUUCUGAAGGAAGAACUGGAUAUGAGAGACCAAAAGCUGUUUCUACUGAAUUUCAAGCAGUCUGUGAUGGAUACCUGUUUAGGAGUCAAUAAAAAAUUGAAGCAGUGCUUUAUAGACAGUAUGGAGGAAAUUCCCAAAGUUCCUUCAGCAGCGAGUGGGGAUGGUUUCACAGUAAAUACUGUGCAAUAGUAUUUUAUAAAUACACUUUUUGGCUGUGUUCCUUUUUGUAUGAAUGUAUAUUAAAUAUUUUAUAUUCAAAUGUAUGAACAAAACAUUAAACGAGAUUAUUUAGUAUUA